UAAGAACACAACACAAUCUUCAAGUUGGAAUAGAAGAACACAACAUCAAAGACGCCAUGACCCAACAACAAAGCCAAAGGAUAAUAAUGACCCUCCAAGGCGCACGUUAGCGUGAUGUGCAGGACCAAAAAGAGCACCAGCGUGGUAGAACCCAGAAACAGAAACAGAAACAGAAACACUAAGAGAAACAUGCACGCGAACAACUCUCAUCCUCAACCAACACGAACCUUAACAUCCUCAUCGUCCAAUUACGAAUCCUCAACCAGCGAUGUCCCCAUCACAGAAUCAAGAAGCUAUGUAUACGACAACACCAAAAACAGAGACUGGUCGAAAUCAUCUUCCAUCUCAAGCCGUGCCUCUCUUUCAAGCCUCAAAGACACUCUCCCAGAAAACCCUAAUAUCUACAACUUCUCUGAGAUCUCUGCAGCCACCUCCAAUUUGUCCACCCCACGCCUCUCCUCCUCCUCAUGGCGUUGUUUCAUUCGCGACCGAGACGUCGUCGUUUUCCAGCGCAAGUUUCGCCGCCAGUUUGACCUAUCAGAGCUCCGCCACCGCCUCGCUCUUAUCUGUCGGAGCCACCACAGCAGCCUCGUCAAACUCCUCGGAGCUUCAAUUUCCGGCAACUACAUUUUCCUCGUCUACGACUUCGUCCCUGGCGCUAGCCUCGUCGAUUGCCUCCGAAAUCGGCGGAACCCUAGCUUCACCGAUCUUUCCACCUGGACUUCGAGGAUGCAAAUCGCAUCCGAUAUCGCCCACGGCCUCGAUUACAUCCACAAUUCCUCCGGUUCCGGUUUCGUUCACAACCACAUCAAGAGCUCCAGCAUCGUCGUCGCCGAGGACAAUUUCAGCGCCAAGAUCUGCCACUUCGGCACAUCUGAUCUCUGCGGCGAGGCCGUCGGAGAGGUUUCCGGCGCGAGGUUGGAUAGGUCCGGUAGCCGGACGGUGAGGUUCGAGGGGACGAGGGGGUACAUGGCGCCGGAAUUUCAGGUGACCGGCGUGGCGACGCAGAAGACCGACGUGUACGCGUUCGGAGUGGUGGUUUUGGAGCUUCUGAGCGGGGAUGAAGCGGUGAGGUUCGAAUUCGAUGACGACGGCAGUUACAAGAGGGUGAGCGUGGUGGAGACGGCGAGGGUGGCGGUGGAGGAGAACGGCGGCGCGAGGAAGUGGGUGGAUAAGAGGCUGAGAGAUUCGUUUCCGAUGGACGUGGCAGAGAGAAUGAUUCGGGUCGGGUUGGAGUGUGUUGAAGAUGACCCGAAUAAGAGACCGGAUAUGGGUCGGGUCUCGAUUGAGGUGUCGAAGUUGUACUUGGAAUCGAAGAAGUGGGCUGAGAACAUGGGAACUGAUAUUGACUUAUCUGUCUCAUUGGCCCCACGGUAACGUUUUUCUUGGGUUUGUUUAUACGUAUUUUGGUUCUUUUUUGUUUUCUUUCUAUUUGCAUUCUUUUCAAUUCUAUUUAAAUUUUUAUUUUUUUGUAUAUAAAAAAAAGCACUGAUUUUUAGCAAAAAAAACAAAGCACUGAUUGUGGCAAGAGAUUGACGUAUACUAGUUUAUGGAUUAUGGUUGCAAAAUUGUGUAAAGUUUUGUUGAUACAGGAUAAAGGAUCAGAUUAGAAAAAUUCUACCAGUAUUUGA